AUGGCGCCCAACCUCUUUAUCUGUCUACGCAAAGCAUUCUGUCCCGUGUAUUGGUUUCAGCGCGGAGAGCGCAUCCACGGGUCUAUCCACAAGGAGGAACACUGGGAGAGCCCUGUUCCUGGUAUCUACAAGUACAUCCCUGGUCGGGGAUGGCACCUCAUCCUCAAGGAUGGCAAUGAGCACGAGGAGAAACUGCCGGUGCCCCUUGUUUACUGCCGCAUCCUGCACCGAUACAUUUUCGAACACGAGAUGGAGGAGCGCUGUCGCUGGCACUCGGUGACUAUCCAUGAGGGAGCCAAACCCGAACGACUCCUUUUCUUUCUGCUGGAUGACGGCUACACCUGGGUUGCCGGCUGGGACGCCAAGGGAAAGUUCAUCCCAGGUCCGUAUCAGAAGUGGCACUACGACUCGGAGACGCGCACCAUGCGCCGCGAACUGUUCCCCGAGAGCUCCAAUGUUUCCCGUGCCAGCAUCGUGCCGAACAAGUUGACCUGA